AUGGUAACUCCUCAUUCUUCUCCAACCAAAAAACCGGAUGAUUCUUUUUCGGAAACUCCAAUUGAACCCACACCAAAAGUGGCGAUUAAUGAUCCGUAUGCGAUUCACCAUUCGGAUAAUACUAGUCUUGUUUUGUUCACUCCUCUCUUGAAUGGCGAUAAUUAUGGAAUUUGGGCACGUGGAAUCACCAUGGCUCUUUCCGCCAAAGACAAAAUGAAUUUUAUUAAUGGGUCAAUUUUGGAACCCGAGGAUUCAAACUUGUAUGCUAGAUGGAAAAGAUCUACUAAUCUUGUUAAGAUGUGGAUCACCAACUCAAUAGAACCAGAUAUAAAAUCUAGUUUUAUGUAUGUCGAUUCAGCAUAUCAACUCUGGAAUGAACUCCGUGAUCAUUUUUACCAAUCCAAUGCUCCCAAAAUAUUUGAGUUGAAACAUGCAAUUUCCACUCUAAAAAUUGAAGGGAUGUCUGUAUCAAUGUUUUUCACAAAGAUGAAAGCAUUAUGGGAGGAGCUGGACGCAACUUCCAUGGGAACUACCCCAUGUAUUUGUGCUGCAGGAAAAGAAAUUGCCGAACACCGCAACAGAGAUAAGGUGAUGGAAUUUUUGCUAGGUCUUGAUAAAAGAUUUGCGAAUGUAAAAAGUUCUGUUUUGUUGAUGGAUCCUAUUCCAUCAAUCAAUAAGAAGUGA